CUUAUUAGAAUAUUGAAAAUGUCAAAUCAGCUUAGUGAUGCUAGUGGACGAUGCUUGAUAUCCAAACUAGGAAAGGACGGUACCAAUUGUGUUAAAUUUAGAUAUACUAUCUUGCAUUCUUUAGAGGACGAUAUCAUAAAAAUUGAUGUGAGAUACAAGCUCGGACAAGUAAGUCAACUUCCUUCAAAGGAAGAAAGUGGCUUCGCGGCAGUUGUAAAAGAUAAAACUUUCCACGCGAGUAAUUCCAAUGAGACUUCGAUGUAUUUUGUGGUGUUGCCAGAAAUGAAUCGAAUAUUGAAGGCGCACAACAUUAUUUGGAAAGACCAUGUGACGAAAUUUAACACAAAAACCUUAUACUUGGAAGAGAAUUUCAUCUUUUUGGAAUGCAUAUCAAGUACUGGACGCAUUAACAAUGGCAGUCUGGCAUUUAAUAAUGCAAAAAUAGUUUUGCGAAAAUUAGCCCAAUUUCAUGCUACUUCAUUGGUGUAUUUAAAAAAGCUUCCCGUAGAUGAUGUUAUAUAUGAGACUUCGCCCCUAUUGGCUAAUGAUGAGGUGGAAACCCGCAUGAAUGCUGCCAUUAAAACUAUAGAAGCAUACUGGCCCGAAUUUAAAGAAAUCGCUACAAAAAUGCGCAGCUGUGUGGAAACAUUUCGCAAACGUUUAACUCAUCUGUUGGAUAAAAAUGGGCAAACGUUGAAAGUUAUCGCACUUGGUAAACCAUACAUGAAAAAUAUGCAUUUCCAAUACACUGGAAAUGAUGUUGAAGAUGUUGUGUUUAGUAACUUCAGUAAUUGCUUCGUUGGCAGUUGUGGCUACGAUUUAAAUUUAUUCCUCAAUACCUGUUUGAACUUCGAUGCUCUGACUCGGGAACGUUAUAAACUUCUUCAUUGCUACUAUGAACAUUUCUCCGGAACAUUGAAAUCUUUAAACGAAAACUCCAUUCCCAGUUGGCAAACAAUUUUGGAUGACGUGCACAAAUUUGAACUUAUCGGUUUUUAUGGUUUACUUUGUGAAAUGCCAUUUUGUAGUGAGAAAAACGAUCUUCCGAAAUGCUAUAUGCUGGACGAAAUGAAAACUGAGGGAGUUAUGCCAAUUUCCCUUGAACAAGAGUAUAAGUUUUUAUUUAAAAGUGCACGCGUUGAAGAUAUGCUCAAGUAUGGAUUGUACCGUUUUAAUGAAAUUCGUGUAUGGGAUUACAAAACAAAUUGGGAGAAAAAACCGCAGAGCGUGAGUGAUUUCGAAUUGGAUGCACCCUUAAAAUGA